AUGUUUUCUGAAGAUAAUAUAAUUUCCAGUGCUAAAGUAGAAACUGAUAAGAAAAGUGAAUUCCCAGAUGUAGAAGAAUCCUUUUCUUAUGAAAAUUUUGAAAAAUAUAUUUUGAACUCAAAGGAAAAUUUCACUAAUCUUUUGAGCUAUAUUAGGAAGAUUGAAUUGUAGGAUUUAUAGAUUCGUUUUAAUGCAUGGAGAAUACUUCUUGGUGUAUUAAAAGCAGAUAGUUCUGAUGAAGAAAAAAAAUAACAAAUUGAAAAAGACAGAUAAACCUAUAAAGAACUUUGGGAAAAGUUUAAAGCAAAGUAAUAACCACAAGAAGUUGAUAAACCAAAGCCUGUGGCUAAUCCUUUAAUGAAAAAUACAUAAAAUAGUCCCUGGAAUGGAUAUUUUGAAGACAAUGAACUAAGAAGCGAUAUUAAAAAAGAUGUUGAAAGAACCUACUAAGAUAAAUAGUUUUUCGUCAAUUUAAAAAUAAAGAAUAUGCUUACUAAUGUAUUGUUUGUUUUCUGUAAAAAAAAUUCUGACGUUUCAUACAAAUAAGGUAUGAAUGAAGUAGCUGCAUCAUUUAUUAUAGUUUACUUUGUUGAAGCUUUGUACAUUUAAAAGCACUAGCAAGAAGCUGGAGCAAGCUAAAGAUCUUUAGAAAUGGCUUAAUUUAUGAUGAAUAUGAAUUAUGCUGAAGCAGAUAUUUACACUCUAUUCAGUAAAAUGAUGGACAUUGGGCAUUUAGAAAUGUUUAGACCAUAUUUGGCUGAAAAUAGCAAAAAGAAAUAAGAAUAUAAUAUAAAUUCUAAGAAAUCCCAAGCAAUUCUUCUUCGUAUAUCUAAAAUUUAGGAUAACUACUUAAAGAUUGUAGAUUUGGAGCUAUUCAAGCAUAUGAAAUUAUUGAAUGUUGAGUUUUAAAUCUUUUUAUUGAGAUGGAUUAGAUGUGUUCACACCAGAGAAUAUCAUCUUGAUGAUUCUUUUAAGAUUUGGGAUAAUAUAUUCUAUGAAUAUUUCUUAAAUCCUACUAUUGAAAAUGAUUUCUUUUUAAUUGACUGUAUAUGCUUGGCUAUGAUGCAAUAUGUUAGAGGAUAACUAAUGGAAAAGGAGGAACAAGCAGAUUGCCUUUAAAGAUUCUUAAAGUACCCUCCUGUAGAAAACAUUAAGCCAAUUGUUGAUGUUGCUUUCAAAAUAAAAGAUAUUAUUACUAAGGGUUUGAAUGAAAAAGAAGGUCUCUACCUUUAAUCUUUGUAAAUUAAAGAACAGGAUAAAGAAGAAAAUAGAGUUGUAAAAACCAAACAAUAAGGCAAUAAGAAUUUAAUAUUAUUUUCUAGUGGAUUUGCCUCCAAAUCUUCUAAUAUAAGCUAGGCUUCAUCAACUAUUAAAGAUAUUUAAAUUUAAGCAAAAAAAACAAGAAAGGGUAUUUUUGAAGAAAAUAGCGAUGGAGAAAUAGAAGAUGAUUAAAAAGAAGAAUAAUCACCUUCAAAACCUGCUUAAGAAACUCAUGCAAAAUCUGAAGAACCUCAUGGAAAGUAAUAAAAAAAGAAAAUUGAUCUUAGUGAUGAUGAAGAUGAAGAUUACAAACCAGCAUAGAAAAACCCUUCAGGAGUUGGUUUCCCAGUAGCUUCAUUUUCUAAUAAAGCUGCAUCUAUUGAAACAAAUUAAAACCAAAAAAAGAAACCCAGACCAGUAGUUUUCCCUGAUUUUUAAAAAGAAGAAAGAGAAUAAGAAGCUGAAAAACCAGCUUUUGUUCCUCCUUAUUAGCAAUAAAAAUAAUAAUCACAACCAAAAGAAGAACAAUAACCCAUCAUUGCAUAAUCUAAUACAAAUAAAUUUAACGAGUCUCCCUUAUUUGAAAAUUCCAACAGUAGUGUUGGAGGAGUUUACUUCAAAUCUACUGAAAUAUCUAACAUGACCAAAAAAUUAGGAAGCUCACUUGAUAUUCUAAACUAUAUAUUUUCUAAGGAUUUGAAAAAUGAAAAUUUAAAAAAGGCAAUAGAAGAUAUUGAAUUUAUAGAAAGAGAACUUAAGAAGAAAGUCAACCCUUCUUAACCUCCUAUUUUUUCAACCUCUCAAACAGUUUCUAACUAAAGCUUUGUAACAAGCAGCAGCUAAAAGAACAAGCCUAUACUUUUCAGUAGUGGCACAUAGGAAGAAAAACCUAAAAACUCAGUUAAAAUUUAACAAUCUACAGGUUUUGUUGUGUAUAAAACUAACUUAAAUGAAUGA